AUGUGGUAUUUACCUGUAAACGUGGUUGAAGAAGUCGAGGGAGUGUCUGGUCAAGCUGCCCGUCUACCCUGCAAUAUGUCGGUCCUAACUGGUGACACUGUCUACCUUGUACUCUGGUUUAAGGAAGGUCUAACCACUCCUAUAUAUAGUUACGACGUGAGAGAGCUCCUAGGAGGCCAGCCCAAGCACUGGUGGGAUGCUGAUCUCCUGGGAUCAAGAGCUUUCUUCAACGCCGGUUCCUCACCCUCCCACCUCCUCCUCCAAGGUCUGGCCGAGGAUGAUGCUGGGCUUUAUAAGUGCCGGGUUGACUUCCAGCGAGCGCCCACCAGGAAUACCCGUAUUAACCUUACUGUAGUCGUACCACCACGUCGCCUGGUGCUAGUAGAAGAGAGUGGAGCAGAGGUUAGGAGCUACGUUGGUCCAAUUAACGAAGGAGAUGACCUUCAUCUCACCUGUAUAGCGUACAGCGGUCGUCCUGCGCCCAGUGUCGUCUGGUUACUGAACGACAAUGUUAUAGAUGAUGUUAUUGAAACUCGUGAGGGUGACGAGACUCGUAACGACCUGAGAAUCACAGGUGUGACCAGGUCGUUAUUAAGGUCACAGCUCACCUGUAGAGCUUCCAAUACACAGGUAUCACCGCCCAUAGCUACCACCGUCACCAUAGACAUGAAUCUACGGCCGUUGGACGUGGUCAUACAUCAUCCCCGAGAGCCGCUAUCCGCUGGUCGGACUUACGAGGUGUUGUGCUCAUCUAGGGGGUCGCGGCCCCCCGCGGUUCUUACCUGGUGGUGGGGGUCGUCCAGAGUGCCAGCUGCUGAUGACACGACGUCUCACGGGGGAAAUGUAUCGACGUCUAUGGCACGUCUGACGCCCAACGCCUCAGACGACGGCAGACUGCUGGCGUGUCGAGCAGAGAAUCGUAAUGUACCGACGGCCGUAAUUGAAGAUACAUGGAAGCUAAGUGUUUAUUACGCACCUACAGCGGAGGCAGUGUUAGGUGCCUCUCUAAAUCCAAGGAACAUAAGAGAAGGAGAUGACGUGUAUUUCGAGUGUCGUGUCGAAGCCAAUCCUCGAGCAUACAAGGUUGUAUGGAAGCAUAAUGGUGUGGUAGUGCGUCAGGAGAAAGAAGGAGGAGUACUGCUGACGAACAGGAGCCUGGUGGUGCAGGAGGUGACCAGGGCACAUGCUGGACGGUACACCUGUCAAGCUAGUAAUGUGGAGGGAGAUUCCACAUCCUCACCUGUCACCCUGGCUGUUCAGUAUGCGCCUCUCUGCCGCCCGGGUCAGGCCACUGUCUACGGCGUCUCGAAAUUGGAAGAUGCUCAGGUGACAUGCCAGGUGGAUGCUGUGCCUCAGGUGACGAGGUUCUACUGGACGUUCAAUAACACGGCGGAGAGCCUGGAGGUUCCUCAGGAAAAAUUCACAGUUGGUCUUGGAGGUCGCAGUGUUGUGAUCUACACUCCGAUGUCGGACCUGGACUAUGGUACCCUGAUGUGCUCUUCGGAGAAUAUGGUCGGCAGACAGACUGUUCCCUGUGUCUUCCAGAUUAUCCCUGCCACACAGCCUCAGGCGCCCACCAACUGCUCCCUCUUCAACGUCUCUGCCAGCGGUCUUACCGUGGCUUGUGACCCUGGCUUUGACGGUGGCUUGAACCAGACCUUCGCUAUGGAGGUCUACGGUACCAACCCACACACGCUCAAAGCCAACAUCACCUCUAAGAUACCCAGGUUCGUGGUGACGGGUCUGGAUAACGAGUCGGAAUUCCAACUGAUCGUGUACGCUGGUAAUGCCAAGGGUAGAAGUGGAAUUACCAGACUAGUGGCACUCACGCAGAAGCUGCCGGUCAAGCAACUAGAGACGCGUCUAGGCAGUGGUGGCUCUGCUGGAGUGUCUCCCGACGCCCUGGCUGUAGAAGUCACACCCCUGCUGGGAGUCCUCGCAGGGAUCAUCCUGGUUCUCGCAGUCAUCGCUCUAGUCAUCAUAAUUAUCCUAAGGACUCAGUGUAGUACAGCAGCCAGGCGUCACCAAGCUCAGGGAACCAACAGCAGCAGCACCAGCAGCGACAUGCAACAGCGACAGCAACAACAGCAGCAGCAGCAGCAUCAGCAGUAUCUCAAACAGCCUCUGGGGGUGCUGAAGAAAGGGCGAGGGAGCCAGCCAGAGGUUCAUGAUCCAGGGGAUGACCCACACGAGUGCUACACAGAGCACCAGCAUCACCAUCCUGACGAUCAGAGUCCUGAUGUGGUGGCUUGCAGUGGAGCCGCUGUAACACUGCAACAAUCUCCAACUCUGCCCCAACACAGCCAGCAGUGCCAGCAGCAACAGCAGCAUCACUUAUCACCGUCACUGACUCAAAUAUCACCUGACCCGCAUCACUACACACUGCCUCUCUCAGCUCACAGGGACCAUGAGCUGAGACACACUCACCUACUCAGACAAUCUACCUAUUCCACCUCUCCUAGAGUGUGCGGGAACGCUAACAUCGAAGUACACUUCGGUGAGGGCCCCAGCGAGAGCAAUCCUCCACCUGCUCCAGCGCCAGAUGAUGUCCCAGCACCUAUUCUUUACGCUGGGGAUGGGUCUUCCCAGCCUGUGGGUGUAGGAGCAGGUCUUCCUAGGAUACCAGAGGAUCCUGAGAGUCCUACUUCGGCCAGAAGAGAGAGUGCAGUGUGAGCCAGGCUUAACUUAGUCAAUGAACCUUCUUAAAUAAUAUUUAUAAAACGGAUUUAUACUGGGGUCACCUUUUGUACGAACCUCCUAAGCCAAGUGUAUCCUAUCGGAGUAAAGGAAUAUUGUAUAUGUGUGUGUACAUAUGUAAAGUUACUAAGUAAUGGGGAUGAUACGGAAUCUGUUGAACCGAGAUUGCCAUUUACAUAGCAUGGCUUGUUGGACAUUUAUCAAAUUCCCACCUUUUUUAAACUUUAUCGUGUGUCAGAUUUAGCCAAAAAGUAAGAUUCAUACUGAAUAAUCAUUACCUUGUGAUACCUAAUCUGUGUUUAAGAUUAAUCAGGGGAAAUAAUGCAUUUGUAUUGUUUGUAUUUGUGGCUGGAUGUCUGCUUACAAGGUUUGGGAAAGCCAGAGCCUUGGAAGCCGACCUCAGUCUAAUGACUUUAACUGAAACUGGAAAACUAGCCUCAGUCCAAUGGAAUUAGGAAAAAGUAGUGGAUAAACAGUGAAAAUAAAUAAAAUCUUGGUAUAUAAUAUUAUGAGCGUUUGUUUUAUGGGUGAAGAAUGUAACCACGAUACUCCAGCAGAUUCUUGAUCACUGAGCGGAUCCUUAUGUGACAAAUAUUCCCUUCAGAAGGCACUUGUCCUUUUUCCUGACAAAUAAAACAACCACGUACAACUCCAGCCCAGUGCGUAAGCCACUGGUCACAGUUGUGGCCCAUGCUAACCUUCCUAUGGUGUAUAAACAUACCUAGAUGGAUGAAUCUUAUUGUAUCAAGCUGGCCCAGUGAUUUACGCACUGGCCCGGAGUUUUACGACUCUCUCGCCACGAGUUCAAUCUCAACCCGUAUCGUGAUUUAUUUACAGUCGUGUUAUUACGAUUUCGUGAGUCAAGAUCACACACUAUUAUACCCUGUGACAACAAACUACUUAAUAUAACGUAUUGUGAACCAUCAACGAUAGGCUGUGUAUAAUCAUACACUUUCUGAGAGAAGAGAGACAAUUUAUCAAAAUACUGACGAGGAAAACUGACGAGAAAUAAUUUGCACAUGUCCUUAAAAUUCAUCUCAAAAACCAAAAUCACUUCAAAACUAAACAGACUCACGAAAAUAGCCAGAUUCGUGCAUGCUAGUUUUUCUUCCAUGUGUUAGAUAUUUUCAACUAGCACUAGCCUAAAAAUGGAAUCUAACCUACCUAAAAUUUACAAAAUAUAUUCAUAUGCUUAUUUAAAAAUUUCCGAAUGAAAAUUUGGCCUGUGAUUCAUCUGAGAACGAUAAAUUCUAGGAAGGGUCAAUGUUCCCAGGCUAAUGAUAAGCCUAUACCUCCAGGCAGAUGACAAGCCUAUUCCUCCAGGCAGAUGAUAAGCCUAUACCUCCAGACAGAUGAUAAGCCUAUUCCUCCAGGCAGAUGAUAAGCCUAUACCUCCAGGUAGAUGAUAAGCCUAUACCUCCAGGCAGAUGAUAAGCCUAUACCUCCAGGCAGAUGAUAAGCCUAUGCCUCCA